AACUGUGACAUUAUAACAAAAAGUAUCAGUUACAACAACCGCUUAUCAAAGGAUCUAAGCUGGUGUGACGGUUGGCCACUGGCUGUCGCGGGAGCCCUAGUGCUCCAUCUUGGGGCUCUUGAUGAAUCGUUGGUCCGAUCGCAGGAUACGUACCUUUGCAUUCGACCCGAGCCGGACACAACCAAACCCGAGCUCUAUGCAGUUUGGCGCGGCACAUCGACAUCCUCAGCAGGAGCAGCAACAGCACCAAACGUUGCCACCAACGCAACCCAUCAUCCGUCGAUCGUGUACCGUCGGUUGGAUCCGAUCCGCGAUCCGAUCACCCCUCUAGCUGUGGAGAUGCUGACGGAAGAUCUGCCCGCCCUGUUGCAAAACCUUCUGGUCGGCAUCGAGCGGGCGAUCAGCCGCGUCCCGCUGGAAGACCUAUCCUUUCCCACCGUCGACGGUGGUUCGACGCUUCCGGCUACUGUCACCGAACCGCUCCACGCACUCCACGAUCCGGACGCGAACGGCGGUGAGGUGUGCGAAACUGGCCGUAGCACCGUGCAGCAGCAGCAGCACACCGGCAGCGCACCGGGCACACCCAAGCUCGGGCUGCUGAAGCGUCGCGAACUGAUCACCAAAAACAACAAGCUGCUAAUCAACAGCAAGUACACGCAGCUGAAGCGUCAACCGCUGGCGACCGUCGUUUCCGGUGCGAACCUGUCAACGGCUGCCGGCAGGCCAGUGCCGGGGGCGACCGGUGGCAAUCAAAACGGCCCGCACGCCAUCGGUGGCAAAAGUGAAAAUGCACCACAGAUCGGCAGCAAUCAGAGUAAUGAUGGUCUAAGCGUAACCAUCUGUGACACCGGCGGGGAGGAGGGCGGUGGUGGUGAUGGUGGUGGUGGCCAAGAAGGAGAUAAUCAGCAAUCAACAGCCAUCGAGGUGGGUUCGGUGGCUGCAGCGGCCGCAGCGGCAGGGAUGCCACUGUUCUGUCUAGGCGGUUCCUUUCCACACAUCGACAGCGACGAGGAGAGCAGUGACGAGCAAAAGAAGUGCGAAACAGCACCUCAUCUACCGCACGAAAUCGUCGCCCCGCGAUCGAUCCGCGAGCUACCGGAGAAACUUUUGACAUCAGGAAUUUCAAUACCAGGAACGCACGAUCGCUCCGGCGCACCGAUCAUCUACAUCGAGGUGGAGAAAACGCUCGCAUCAGGCUUGAACUGUUACGAAAUUGCAACAGUGCUACUGUACUACAAUACCCUACCGAUCCAAAGACCCGCCCAUUACACACUGCAUCUGCUGGUCAACGAAAGUGCACAGCUUGCCUUUCUCGACACGAUCGAGAGCACGCUGCAACUGCUCGACGGUCACCUGAAGCUGUGCGCCGUCUUCGUGUCCGGGGUGUACGAUGCAGCGGAACAGCAAGCCGGGUUGAAGCAACCGAAGGAAUACCUCCGGCCGGGCAGUGUGCGCGUACGCUAUCUGAACAACGAAACGAUCAAGAACUUUAUCAGCACGGACAAUCUACCGAUCCAGUGCUGCGGCUUCUACGUGCACAAUCAGCGCGAGUGGGUUGAUUUCUUCCUGCUGCUGGAAUCGUUGCAGCAACAGUGCGUAGAAACGGGCCGUCGGUUGGUGGCCGUGCUGGGCGAUCUGCGCGCCAUGGAGGCCCAGCAGCAUCAGUCCGGCCAGCCAGCGAACCAGCAGCAGCCCGGGCUGGCGACGACACGCCGCCAGCUACAUUCGCAGCACCGGGCGCUUAGUCGGGCGUUGAUGGACUCGGAGCUGCAGAGUUUGCGCCGCAAAGGGCCGAACACCAUACAGCGGUUGCAGGACAAGCUGACGGUUAUCAACAACAGACAAACGCUUAAACAAACCAAAAAUUUAGUUAGAGCCUUUAGUGUAGAUAGUAGCAUGCGUAGCGUUAACGGAGCUAGUAUUACCGGCCACGGGCCCGAAUCACGGGGCGAACUCGAGCAGGACAUAAUCAAUGGGCGGCUGGCGGAGGUGAUCGGCAUCUACGGGGAGGUGGAUCGCGCCGCACGCAAGCUGGAGCAGCUGACCGAACAACGCCGGGAGCGUCUGCGGGAGAUGACACGCCAGCGCGCCCUGGACGAUGAGAUCAAUGAGGUCAUCUGCUGGAUGCGCAACGAAGGUGAACAAUCGCUCCGCACCUACAGCGAACCGACUGCCCUCGAAUGCCCCGACGCGGCCAAGGACUGCGAGACGCAGUUCGAGCAGUUCUACUACACCGCCCGGAAGCAUGUCAGCAAGGGACGGGAUCUGUGCGAUGCAUCCGGCGAGCUGGAAAUUAUGCGCGACAACCUCAAGCUGCUGAAGGACUGCGUGGAUGAGUUCCAGGAACGGUUGGAGCGGGUGCGCGAACGGAUUGAAGGUGCGGCCCGACUACACACCCUGCUCGGCAUGCAGCAGCUCAAGCUGGACGACGACAUCCGCACGGAGAUGCUAAAGCUGGCGGAGAAGAUAGAAGCUCCGAUGCGCUUGAUAGAACGCUGCAAACGUUUGGUACCGACGGUGAACAGUGAACCACACGACACCAGCACCCCUUCAGCUGGGCAUAAUAGGGACGAUUCCAUGAACGAACAGUCCGGCAGCCACAGUGCCCAUAACCAACAAUUCCUCAACCAUCAGAACCACAGCAACAACACAAACAGUACCAGUGAUAAUAUAAGUUUAGAUAUAAGCAUGUCGGAUGAUACGAUCACCGCUACCAGCACGCCGGAAAAGGGCAAGUUUGGUCCACCGCCACCUCUGCAACAGUCACUGCCAACACUCGCCGAGCAGACCACGGAACCACCUCACGACCAUAGUCGGGAGGGUCAGGGGACGACGGUUAGACACCAGAGAAGUCAUCAUCACCAUAGUCACCACGAUCAUCACCAUCACCAGCGCCACGAGGAAGAGGACGAGGAGCUAUCCAAGAUGGCCGACUCGGGGCUUGGCGGGUGCGAUCGUUGCGAGGGAAACAGCAAGCUGGAGAGGACCUGCUCCUGUCAGAGUUUCGAUGAUCCUAAGAAUGUGUGCAACAACAGUGACGAUCUGGACGAGGAUUGCUUUGAAGGGAUCUCAAAGCCACCGAUGGAUCUGCAAAUUCCCCUGCAGGCGAAUGCACAUCUGUACUGUCAUGCCUCGAACCUGCAGCUAGACUACGAAGAGAACAAUCCGUUUGACCAGAAGACGCAAAAGACGCUUCUAUUGAUCAUGCGCGAAAUGAUUGGCACAGAACGCGACUACGUCCGCUCGCUGCAGUACGUGAUCGAAAACUACACGCAGGAGCUGUUGCGCGAGGACAUACCGCAGGCAUUGCGCGGCCAACGGAACGUCAUCUUCGGCAACAUCGAGCGUAUCUGCGAGUUUCACCGGCAGCAUUUCCUUUGCGAGCUGGAAAGCUGCGAACAUCACCCGCUGAAGGUCGGGACCGCAUUCUUGCGGCACGAGUCCAAGUUCUAUCUGUACGCGCUGUACAACAAGAACAAGCCGAAAAGUGACUCGCUGAUGAGCGAAAACGGUACCCAGUUCUUUAAGGCGAAACAGAUCGAGCUGAACGACAAGAUGGAUCUGGCCUCGUACCUGCUGAAACCGGUGCAGCGGAUGGGCAAGUACGCACUGCUACUGCAGCAGCUAAUGAAGGCGUGCGCUGAAGUGCAGCACACGAACAGUAAUCCGGAGAUACUGGAAGACCUGGAAAUGUUACAGAAGGCGGAAGAGAUGGUACGCUUCCAGCUGCGCCACGGUAACGAUCUGUUGGCGAUGGACAGCUUGAGGGAUUGCGACGUGAACGUGAAGGAGCAGGGACGUCUACUGCGCCAGAACGAGUUUCUCGUGUGGGAGGGUAAGGCGGGCAAGAAGUCACUCCGGCAGGUGUUCCUGUUCGAGGAGUUGGUACUGUUUAGCAAGGCGAGAAGAUUCCCGGAUCGGAAGAAUUUGGACAUCUACAUUUACAAAAACAGCAUCAAAACGUCCGACAUUGGGCUGACGGCACACGUUGGCGAUUCGCCGUACCGGUUUGAGAUUUGGUUCCGGAAGCGCAAACCCGGCGACACCUGGACACUGCAGACAAUGAGCGAGGACGUGAAGAAUGCCUGGACGGAGGAGAUCUCGAAGUUACUGUGGAAGCAGGCGAAGCGUAACCGUGAGAUUCGGCUGGCCGAGAUGUCGUCCAUGGGUAUCGGCAGCAAGCCGUGUCUAGACAUUCGUCCGAGCCAAGAUCAAAUCAACGAUCGGUCCAUCAGUAUCUCGCAGCUUGGCAAGGCACCGAAACUGCGCCACUCGUUCAUGGGUACGCUACCGGAGUCAAAGUCGAACAAACGACCUCAGUCGAUCAUUUCCGUCAGUUCAUCUUCCUCGGGUAGUUCGUCGGUCAGUACCGGUACGAGUUCGACGACCAGUGGCUGCGAGGCAACGACGGUUAGUGUCAGCGGCAACAGUAGCAACAGCUCGUCCGGAUCGUCAUCCGCCGCUAGCAAUAGUGGCAGUAGCAGCAGUAGUAGUAGCAGCAGUGCCAGCAGUACCACCACAACCAGCAUCACCACGUGCAAGCGGCUAACGCUCAACAUUACCGACCCGAACGCUCCGGCACCGCUCAAAACGGGCUACAAGAAGCAUCAGCGAUCAACGACUCUCGUGAGCCAAUGUUCUAUGGAGAGUGGCAUCAUAGCUGAUAUUUCGCUCAGCCCGGAUGAGGUGCUGGACAACCCGCAUUGGCCACACCAUCACCAUCACCACCAUAGUAACCAUCAUCUACCAAAGCAUACCAACCUGAAGAAGACUCACAGUCUGGCAUCUUCCACGCUCAGCACAGCAGGUCCCAUUUCACUGUCCGCCUCCAUACCCUCACCCACCGGUGCGUUAGAGGACGCCAGCAAACCGGACGGCAGCAAACCGGACAGCAUGUCACCGACGGUCGAAACAAACGAUCACCAUACCAUAACCGUUCAUCUUUAAAGUGGAAGAUCCAACGGAACUACUACUACUACUGCUGCUAUUAAGCAGUAGGAACUGUCUUAAGGAACCUGACAACCGAAAUUCACCCUGUACAAACCAUCGUUCCUCCGGUCCGAGUGCAUGUUGUGUGUGCGCGUGUAUUGCAUAAGUUGUAUUGUAAAUUAACCUGGCCGCGAUAUGUCGUGCGUUAUUAUCGUAAUUAGGUUUUAUACCAUUUCGUACUAGUAUUAUUAUUAUCUUCUAUCGCUAUUUUAUAACUAUUGUUUAGGUGCUUACAAUGAUGGUGAGCUUUAGAAAGGUUUAACAAGAACAAUGCUGUUUCUAAAUAGCUAAAGUCUAAAGGAUGAAAGUAAAACAAAAACAAACAAUUAACUAACGAAAUCAAUUGUUGAUCGAAUAAAUGUAGGGAAAUAUAUACAGAACAGUUUUGAAUGCAACAAAAAAAACACACACAUAAAACGCCACCCCAAAGGUAGGGGAAAGAAACAUUCGAUAGGAAGAGAAAGGUCUAAAUGUGAGGAAAUUAAUUUAUUGUACUAGCGUGUUAAAUUGUAAUCUUUAGCAAGAACGGGAAUUGAACCUGUACAAUGUGCGCCUAGCUAAGUGGGGCAAAACUUAUAAAGCGAAAAAAUGAAAAACAAAAUAUCCAAGCUAACAAAACUAAAUGUAUCUAUUAAAUUCCGUUUCUUUUGUUUUUGGCCAACGUUCGCAAACAGAUCAGAUCAGAUUAGUUUUAGCAGAAAGACAAAAAGAGAGCAAACAGGGUUCGUUUUACUUCGUCUCUUAAUGCGCAUAUUUCCUUCGAACACUCCCAUUUCACACGUGCUAUGUUUCGUCUGUUUUCUUCUUCCGUUCGUGCUUUUUCUGUUUUAAUUAAACUGUGUACGAAAUAAAACCGCGUUUGCGUUUUGUUUAGUGUGUAAACCUAUCGUGUGUCUGUGUAAGUGCUAUUCUUAUCCGCUACUGGUAGUAAUACAUUCAUAGGGCCAACGGAACGGACGUGCCGCGUGAGAAGGGAAAGUGUGAACGAUAAAAGCAUGAUAAGAAAUAUAUAUAUAUAUAUAUACUAUUUUAUUUACCUGUAUAGUUCGCGUGUUGCCUAGCGGUUCAUCCGGGCACGGGCACUGGAUGAAUAACACUGCUUUCUGGGCAACUGUGUACUGGGAAAAUGAUCAAUUUCCUUAUGUUCAACCAGUGAGUCAAUCUC